AGGGAAAGCAGUUUGUACAAUUUUAAUUGGCUUGAAAGUAGAUGUGGUACUGACCAAAUAUUGACCUUUAAUCUUAAACACAACCUGAACACUCUUGGUAAUUUCUUUAAGUAGUCUCCAGGAAUAGUUUUACAGAUUUCUUAAAGGGCAUUUAAAUCUCUGUUUUCGAUGUUGGCUGCCUUUCAUUCCACUCUCUGUUAAGAUGAUCCCAGACUACUUCAACACUGUUGAUGUCCAGGCUCUGGGGAGGCCAGCUCGUGACUCCACUGUGUGUUUUUCUAUCCAGGUAUGCUUUUACUGCAUUGGUAGUGUGUUGGGGAUCACUGAAAUGAAGCGUUGCCUCAAAUGCUUUCUACGUGGUAUUGCAUGGUAGGUAAAUCUGAUGGUACUUUUCUGUUUUCAUGACUCCAUCAAUUUUUAAAGCUCUCUAACACCACUGCCUUAAAUGCGUCCCCAAACCAUGACAGAGCCUCCAUCGUAUUUUACAGAUGGCUGUACACACUUAUUGGUUUACCUCUCUCCUGACCUCCUCUGUACAUACUGAUGAUGAUUUGAACCAAAAAUUUCAAAUGUGGAUUCGUGAGAGUUUUCGUUGAUUUUCAAUCCAGUUCUGGUGCAGUUUGGCCUCAGCCUUUUCUUCUGUUUCACUUCCUUAAGAAUUGCUUUUUGACAGCCACCCUUCAACUGAUGCACUUUCUCAUGAGACCUCAGUGAACAGCUGAUGUACCAACUUAAGGGCCAGACGUAUCUCUCUGGUCCUGUGUCAGGUCUUUGUCGGAUUGUUUUCUAUUUCAUAAGGACAUGACUUUCAGGUACUGUUCAUCUACUGUUUUUAAGACUGCCACUCCUUAUUUUGUUCUCUACAUGUCCAAUUUCCUUUUUAUUUGUAAUGCACACUGCACAUCAUGCUGGGAUUUAACAAGUUUUCAGCUAAUACUUUUUGGGAAUCACUUUGCUGGUGCAAAAAUACUACAACACCUGUGAAAUGCGUUAUGUUUUGUAGGUUUUGUAGAUUCAACUAAAGAAAUGUGAGCAGAUCAUCUGCUAAGCAGCCUGUCAUCUGUAGACACAGCGUUGGUUCAUUCCUUGAGUUAAUUACCUGGUAUAUACUUGAAUCAUUAAUGAUUAUCAAAGAAAUUAACAAACAAACAUUCUUCUGAAAAUGGCCACGACUGAGAAUGAGGGAAAAAGCAGCCAAUAUUCAAAGAAACACUUUGACAAACAGACCUUCAGAAAGCUCAGAGAACUACUGCGUAAGACCACUUUUGAAAACAUUACAAAAAGAUCAGGCUUCUUUAAGCAAAAUGCAAAAAAACGAGAGGUGGCUCAAGAUAAGCGCACAGUGUAGAUUAACAAGUAUUCAUCAGUGAUAAUGGCUCAGUGUUGACAUAUUUCUACUGCUGGGGGAUAGAAGUGUAGUGAUAUGCAAUAUACUGGCUGUCAGGAUAGAGGAGGCUAUUUUGGGUUGGCCACUCAGAGAAGGCAAUAGGAGUCAUUAAAUUUGACUUGAGUUUUCUUGCAGUCAUUUAAAGACAGAGACUGAUCACACCAACUGGGUGUUCUGCAGAGAUUAAAAAAGACAAAAGUCAACCAUGGCUGAAGCAUCUAGAAAAUCAAAGAUUUCUGCAGCCCGCAGACUUGCCCUUAAGACCAAGCUGCUGAAAACAGCAACUGUGAUGUUGGAGGAUGAAAAGGAGCAAAAGAAGCUGAAGAGAGAGACGACUUUGAGGGAGAGAGUCCCUCCACUUCAGCUGUCUGGUUUGUCUCUGCAGGACCUUCAGGCUCUGUGCAAAGAACUGCACCAAAAGAUUGAUGUGGUAGAUGAAGAACGGUAUGAUACUGAAGUGAAAGUUGCCAAAAACAACAAGGAGAUUGAAAAUCUUUCUCAAAAGGUCUUUGACUUAAAAGGAAAGAUGAAGCGGCCUGCUCUCAAGAGGGUGAAGAUCUCAGCUGACGCCAUGUUGGGUGCUCUGCUGGGAUCCAAGGUCAAAGAGUCUGUGGACUUUAAGGCAAACCUGAAGACAGUGAAGAAAGAGGAGGAGAAGAAAGAGGAGGUGACUGAUUGGCGUAAGAAUGUGGAGGCCAUGUCUGGUAUGGAGGGCAGGAAGAAGCUGUUUGAUGCCGGACAAUAGAUUCACGUUUUGGACAGCACUUAAAAUAAAAUCUUAAUGUCACGGUGCACAAUGAGUAACUACAAAGUGUAUGUUUUAGUGUCAGUGUGUUAAAAGACUUGCAAAAAUAUUAAUUGGAGUGAAAAAGUAUGUUUUGUAAAUACACAAAUUGCACUUUGUUGAAGUUUUAUCUGGUUUGUAUGUUCACCACAGUCAGAAAACAGCAGAAUUUGCUUUAAUUCUUUAUCUUAAAAUGUCUGCAAAAUACUAUCAUCAUCAUAAUAACAACAACAAUAAUUAUAAUAACAAUAAACUUCUGAUGCAGAAACCUGCCACUGUACUUUUUCUUUUACAUCUUUUACAUACUUUUUUUUAAAGCCACAGAAGUUGUUAUAGCACAUACCCUUGCCACACAUCAGCACCUGCAGAGUUGGGGGGAAAAGAGUCUGUUAACUGAGUGAGAAAUUGGAGUAAAGCUGUUUUCAUUCCGAUUUUUAACUAUUUCAUUCAAAUAUUACAAAAAAAAUGAUUUGCAAGAUGAAAAAACACGCAGGGUUGCAAUUUUCCCUAACUCGACAGAAAUUUAAUGUAGCAAAUGCAGUACGAUUGUAGAUUAGGUGGUGCACGAUGGCAAAGAUACAUAAAACAUAUUAAAUAAAAACUCAAAAAGACAGUGGGAGGAUUAUUAUUAUAAACCUCAAUAAAAAAUCUAACAAAAAUGUCGUUUUAAUUCUCACUUUCUACAACUAAUGCACUGAGAACCUAAAAUGAGGACAGGGAAAUUUUGUGAUUAUGGAAAGUAAAUAAACAUUUUAAGUGUGGUGAAGAUCGCAGCAAUUCAUGCGACCAGCACACUGUCUGCUAGCCUGAUAUUCACAUCAUUAGAAAGUGGAAGUAAAUGUAAAUGUAGAGGUUUUUGUUCUGGUCGGCCAGGCAGAGAGAGUUUACAGAAAAUAUCCCACUGAUCAGAUUAUAUGAAGUGCAGAAUGAAGGAUUUUGGAGCUUUUUCUGUGCUAAGGACCACUUUGAACUUUAGUGUACCACUCUCAACGUUACUGUACCACUAAAUCAGUGAGAUACUACUUCAAAACAAAUAUUAAGAGUCUAAAUAUAGCAUUUAACUAUCUCAGACUUGCACUUCAGCAUUCUUAUUUAAUUGUUUGCUGUCUACCAAUCCUUGUGUGAGGAUGUGAAUGGCAGCCUUUUGAGUGAACAUAACUCCCGGUUACAACACUGACGCAAACUGAACUCUACACUGGCUCAGUUUACCACCACCCCUGACGAGCACCUGUCCUCAUUUCUCUAUUCCCCUAAAUAAAUCAGGACAAACCUUUGGUGUUGUUCUAACUCCAAGCUGUUCCUGUAAUGUGCUAUCACAACUUGCAGAUGAUGUGCACUAAAUAUACUAUUUCUGACUUUUUGCAAUGAGAUUUUAAAACCCUAAUAAAGCAAUUAUGAUGUGUAUCAGCUGUGCCCACUAGAAACUACGCUGUAGGAAAGUAUUUUUGAUAGUGGCACUAUAGAUGGACACGUUAGUUUGAUAAAUAAAGCUGCAGAGCAAAUACAUGACAACAUUCUUAGUUGAUUUCUCCCUGCUGUUUGACUUCUUAACAGCUGGAUCUGAUCUGACUCUGGUAUAAUGUGAAUGUGACUGACCUGACAUAAGUUUAAUAACUUCUUUAAAUACUUCCUGUCACAUCCACUAACAGGUGGACACCCAAAAUUCUGAGCCAAGAAAUUAAGUUUAACUGUCUUCUAUUCGAAAAUUGUACUGAUGCAUUGCACAACAUUAAAUUCUUCUCUUGGUGAACAAACAGUAGCAGCAGCACAGACAAGACUCUAUUUUAGACACUCGUUCAGUAGUUAGUCGUUAGUACAACACUAUAAAAUGGAUUGACUGCCUGUCAAAUAGUCAUUAGUGCUUGUCUGUCUUACUCACUGACUCAUGCAUGCAGUUUUGAGGUGCAUCUAAGCGAACUGUCUGGCAUCAUAGGGACAGAUUCCUGAUCAAUAUCCAGUGCAGUGGAUACACAGUUAUUGCUACUACUGUCACUAACAUAGAGCACUGUCUUGUCCUUCCAUAAUGUUAUCCACUAAGAGCAAAUUAAACACUGUUGUCUUCCAUGUAUGUCGAUCCACCUCUAUAUUACAACAGAGAAACUGAAUAAUAAAAAGCUUUGAGUAAAAUGCUCAAAUUCAUUGAUCUGCUUUAACAGGACAAUUAAUGUGUGGGGUGGGUAUAUAAACAUCAUAUCACCAAUACUCAGCAUACAGCCCAGCUGUGCUAAACAUGCAGA